AUGAUACAUGGAGCAUGUUCCGAACUACACGCGUUAACUGGUACAAAGUCGCAAUGGCGAUGGUCAAUAAAGGAACAGAAACAAUUUGAUAAUGUUAAACAUAUGAUAGCUAGCGCCCGUCAUCUAACUCCUUACGAUCACACAAAACCGCUUUAUUUGGCAACAGACGCAUCCGAUGUAGGCCUUGGUGCUGUUUUAUAUCAUCAGGACGAGGCUAACAAUGAGUUACCUAUCGCCUACACGUCACGAAAAUUGAACGAAGCAGAACAAAAAUACGCUACCAUUGACAAGGAGGCAUUAGCAAUAUUUUUCGCCGUGAAGAAAUUGGAUCCAUAUUUACGUGGGACAAAGUUUACAUUAAUUACGGAUCACAAGCCGCUUCAACACCUGUUGGGAGACAAACGAAAUUUGCAAAAAAUCGUAAACAACUGUCUGACGAGAUGGGCACUAAUGUUAGGUGCAUACAAUUACGAUAUACAGUAUCGUCAAGGCAAAUACAAUAUUCUAGCUGAUUGCUUAUCACGCUUACCAAACGCACAUGAAGCAAUUUCGGAGGAAGCGCAGAAGAUUCAUAAAAUUUAUGCGGUAAUUCAAAUACGGAAGCUUGAUGAUAUUGUACUAACAGAACAGGAACUUAGGAAGCAGACGAAACAUAACCUAAUAUUACGACGAGUAAUUGAGUUAAUUGAGUGUCACUGGCCAGACACGAAGUGUAUCAACAACGAGCUGAAACCAUACUACGACAAACGGGAGGAACUAUCAUACGAAAACGGUAUUUUGAUGUGGCAAGGACAAAUUAUCGUGCCCGAUAAUCUUCAAGAAGUAACAUUGAGGCAUCUUCAUAGAGGGCAUCCAGGCAUUGGCUCUAUGCGUGCGUCAGCGAGGUACUAUGUAUGGUGGCCGAACAUCGACAAGGACGUGGGACAUACAGUGAAAUCAUGCAUGGCAUGUCAACGUCAACGCCCAAAACAAUCUGAACUGCCAAUCUACUUUUGGUCCCUGCCAGAGCAUUGUUGGCAACGACUGCAUGUGGACUUUGCAGGUCCCUUCGAAGGAAAAAUGUGGAUUGUGCUUGUUGAUGCUUUAUCAAAGUGGGUAGAAGCAGAUGUACUUUAUGCUGCCACCACAAGAACUUUGUGCGAAUUCCUAGAGGAGAAGUUUAUAACAUUUGGUUAUCCGGAAAUUAUCGUGUCGGAUAAUGGUAGUCAAUUUACGUUAGAAGAGUUUCGAAAUUAUUGUCAAAGUCAUGGAAUAAAACAUGUAGCGUCUUCACCGUACCAUCCGAAAACCAACGGACUAGCCGAACGAUUCGUACGAACAUUCAAGGAGCGCAUGAAAGCCAGUGAAUAUGAUGGUUUAUCACAACGUCAGCGCUUGCGCACAUUUCUAUUUACAUAUCGAAACACACCACACUCCUUUACAGGGAAGGCACCAUCUGAAUUUUUGCUAGGUCGACGCCUGCGAACUUUAUUUGACAAUCUGAAGCCUAAUGUACGGCGAGAGAUGCAUUUUAAACAUGUAAAACAAAAUCUUCAAGCAAAGCAGUCUAACAGAGAGUUCCAACCAGCACAACCAGUAUUCGUAAAGACAGACAUCGAGAAAAUGUGGGAACCAGCCAACAUAGUCGAAAGAACAAAUCGAUAUUCCUACCGUGUUCGAACAAAGGACGGUGUAGAAAGAAGACGACAUGCAGAUCAUAUCCGAGAACGGAGGGUAAUACCACCAUCAAUCGACUUCCGGGAUGUCUCAGAUUUUAGGCGAAACAGUUUCCAUUACCAAUCUGCAAGCCCAACAGCAAAUGAUGAACAGGAACAUCAGCAGUCUAUGCAGCCCGCUAUACCGUCGCAUGAAAACGGAAACAUGAGUGAACAAGAACAACACACCGAAGCACAACAAAUUGAACAUCCAAUACGGCGAAGCCAACGGCUAAGAAAUCGACCCAAGAGACUAGUCGAAGAGAUGUAA